CUCGUAGCACAUAUGAUUACUAAUGUUUGAUGAAAAUACUUAAACCUGAUGACCGAUCACCUAACAGCCCGCAAAUAACAAAAUACUUUAAAACCUUUUACUAAGUUAUUUGAGCAAAAUUCACUUUUUUACUUGAUUGUCGUGUAGCUCAGGCUUGAAAUCAAACGACUAUGUAUACAUUACAUGCGCUGACUCUCGUGAACGGAUUAGUACAAAUUGUCAUAGUAUACAUUGCCAGAGGCCAUUAGUCAACUGCAAAUAACAUAAACAUAACUAAUAUAAACCAUGGCGAAAAAAUAAUAAAUGAAAUGCCACAAAAUUUUAGAACUAAACUGUAAAGUAAAUAAGAAAAUAUUGAAAACUUACUUAAGCGGUCAACAAUUAUCGCCACGUGGAUAUGCACAUAAAUAUAUGAAAUAAACCAUCGAAGUCUCUUUCAACUGUUUUCGCAUCAAUUAUUUGACUAAAAAAAAAAAUAAAUAAAUAGCAAAUCAUUUCGUUAACAUUGCGAUGUUAAAACAAACAGAUCGGCACACGAAAUACUUUUAUCUCGCGCCAACUGUUAAACAAAAAAAAACAAAAACAAUAUUUUCGUGAGUGAGCAAAGGCAUAAAGCUGUUAAAAGUUUUGAUUGAUCUGAUGAAAGUUCUUCGGCCUUUAGCGAUCACAGCUAAGUUUCAAUUUGACAACAACAACAACAACAACAUUUCAAUAGGUUUCGAACUAAAAGAAGGCAACACGUUUUGUAAUCGGGCGCUUGGGGCGUUAACAUCUUCAUUUUAUAUCGCGACUAACACAUCUUCUUUAUAACAAAAUUUUUUCAAAAAAGGCCUGUAAAUCGAAUUCUGCUCAAGUCUAGCCCCUACAAAAAUCAUUAUAAAAUCUUUACCUUGUCACGAGGUCGACCUAAAGUUCCCCUGAUUACAAUUUUUUACAACUAAUUUUAUUUGUUGUUGUUCUCCUAUCGGUGGUGAAAUUUUUUUGAGAAAAUAUUUUUUCUCAAAAUUCAAGUUUGUUCACCAAUAUACUCUCCUUCGCAAAUGAUACAAUCGGUCGAAUGCUUCUACAAUUCAAAUCAUAUUUCAUACAAAUCGCAAGUAAUGACUUCUCUGCAUUUUUGAGGUUUUUAGAAUGUCAGGUGACUCUAGAGAACAACUUUCAAAAUUUUUUUCUCUAUAUCCAGUGUAACGACAUGUGAAACACGAAUUGGCAGCCGAAUGACAAGUUUCAUCGUAAAAUUGAUUCAUAUUACUUAACUUUGCGUUCACGCAUCUUAACUUAGCCAUGUCGAGUGUGGUUACUAUUUCGAUACUUCUCUUGUCGGCUCACAAUUUACCACUCCAAAGAAAAAAGAAAAGCCAGGCGACACGUCGGGCUUUGACAGCUGCCAAAAUAAGACGAAAAGCGGAAACUGAGUUGGAUAACUUUGCCAGAUCUCUUCAGCGAUUCCUCUUGCCGGCUUUUGAGGGAGCAAAGAUUUGCCUGUGGUGAUGCCUAGAAACGGUCUUGGCCGGCGAAGAAGAAUUGGACGCUUGGACUACCUAUAACUUGGCGACAAGUUUUCUGAAAGAUAGCUUAGGAGUACACUGGAAGAAGCAAUCUUUUCUCACACACUGUGUCUAAGAAGGAGAUACUAACCAACUAGCUGGUAACUGGUUACGUAAAAUAUGUUGUUAUAGUAAUAGCGGAGAACAUGGUACUGCCCGCCAUAUCAGAUGUCAUGAUCCUAAUAUAUCUUGAAAAAGGGUAGUCCGGUGUUGGCUAGCUGGGAUUGUAUAGUUAAUCCGAAGGAAACCGUGACUAUGUUGCGUAAAGUAACGAUAAAGGCUUUAUAGUCUAACUUUAAGCUCCACAGGGGUCAGAAGCCCACUCACUACGGCAUGAGUACCUACGGGUAGAGGUAACAGCAUUGGUAUAUUGCACAUUGGUACUUGCUUGGUGUGAGUCCUUCGGAGGGUACCGUGGUGGUUCUUGUUUCUAUCAUUCCUAAAGCGAAUAAUUAGAAAUAAUGAUAGGCCUCAACAUUCCCCAGAGUGGAUUUAUUGAGCCAUACACAAUAAACAUAUCUGAUUUCUCCAGUGUAGGUUAAGCUCCUAGCUUUUAGGGAUGGUCUAACUCUCUGGAGAGCGCCGGUUAUGAAAAAUUUACCCGCGUGUGAUCGGGCACCGUGGGAUUAAACCGACAAGGCAUUCGUCGGGCCAACAUGAUGCAAAACCAAAGUAAAUGAAUACGAUGCUAAGGAUUUAAUAAAAUAUGCACUCACUUUGAUUAGAUCAUAUACGGAUAGAGAGAGAGAGAGAGAGAGAGAGAGAGCAAUGUGCAGUGAAAUGAUAAAUUAUUACGAUUUUUCCUUUAAAAGUAUUCGAUGCAAUACGAAUAUAUUUACAUUACUUAAAUCAAAUUACAAAUACAAGCGGAGAUGUCGUAUAUUGAACAUUAAUAGUUCACGGGAGAUGAAAAACAUUUAUAGCAGUAAUAAUAUUGUGGAGCAAAGCAAACGAGUCUAUGACAUUAAAUCAAAAGUUAGCAAAUUUUUAAAAAUAUUUAUACUGAUUAUGAAUCAAUUAACAUCGAAUAGAUGGACGACGCAACUAUUAAUGCAAAUUAAAAAAAUCAUUAACAUAAAUUGCUGUCAAAAAACAAGUUAUCAUAAACGUAUGCAAAGUAUACAGGACUCUGAUGCAGAUGUCGAUAAUAUUGAUGAUGUUGAUGAUGAUGAUGAUGAUGAUGAUGAUGAUGAUGAUGAUGAUAAUGAUGAUGAUGAUGAUGAUGAUAAUGAAAUAAUUAAUCAAAAUAAUUAUGACAAAGUGUCAGCAUUCACAUCAACAACAUCGAAGUGCCAAAGACAAGCGUAUCGUAUAUCGUUAUCACAAAAAUAUAAAGAAAUUGCAACAACAAUAAUAUCGAUCACAUCAUUCCUCUCUUAUACUACGACAAAUCACUAUUGGAUGCCGAUGAUAUAUCAUUAUUUUAAAUAUAAAACAACAUCAAUUGCCACUGAUAUAUUAUACAGCACAUCUUCUAUAACGACAACGCAUAGCUGUCAAACACACGAUCUAUAUGUUAAUCUAGCGGGCACUGUUCGCACAGGCCACUGUAUUAAUAGUAACAUUUACAAAAAUAACACCUGGUCUACGCUCUUGAUGUUAUUUAUCGCUUUAUCAAUAGGAAUACACGGUACAGCAGCGGGAGCUUGUUGGCAGACAGUGCUUGACAACGGUAAAUGCAAUGAGAUCUUUUCGUUAAAUAUCAACAAAAGUGAAUGCUGCAGCGCCAAUCAAGAAUUCUCAUUUACUGACGGUGAGAUUAACAGUGUUGAAUAUUUUUUUGCAACAGCGAUUGGAGGCGGCAUGGAAUGCGCACCGUGCUUAGAGAGUUGUAGAAAUUUUAAAUGUGGGCCGAAUAAGAAAUGCGUGAAACGUAAGGGUCGACCAAAGUGUAUAUGUGCACCGGAGUGCGGAGCCAAUAAACGAAAACGAAAGCAACGAGAGCACACAAAAAAUGCGCAACGUCAGCAUCAUCGUGAACAGUCACAGUCACAGUCACAGUCACACGUAAGACAGCAAGGAAAACAUUAUAAAAAGUACGCGACCGUCGAUGAGUCCAAGGACGCUAGCCGGAGUGGAGGCGGUGGUGGUGGUGGUGGUGGUGCUGCUGCUGCUGCUGCACCGUGGAAGAUGAUGCAAAUGCAGUUGGGAAAAACCCAACGCGAUACACGUAGUUUAAGUAGCGAAAAUACAAAUAGUAAUUUAAGAGUAGAUGAUUCAGAUGUUGGUACGACAGUUGUCGUUAGCAACGAAAACCAAAGAAAAUCGCAGCAUAUAAAUCAACCGUCUAGCGAAUCGCAAAAAAUACAUGCUCACACCCACCUAUUGACCACAACAACAAUUAAGCAGCCGAUAAAUGCAAGGUCGAAGAACUUGGAAUUUCCGUUAAAUGCAAAAAAGAGCCGAUUAGUAAUUGCCAAUGUCCAGCUGGAGGCGGAAAAGCCUACCACGCGACGCUUACAAAUUCUAAGCAACGUUAGAUUAGUUCAGCAACCGCUAAAUAGACGACGUAACAGCAACAAAACGAAAUAUGAGGGCAUUGAUCCCGAUUAUGCAGAUGAUGAUGAUUAUCAAGGCGAAUAUUUGAAUCAGCAACCAAAUACCAACAACAGCAGCAGCAGCAGCAGCAGCAACAGCUAUAAGGAGAAAAACAACAAAAGGCGAAACGACAAAAGCAAACAUGGUAACGAUGGUAACGAUUAUGCAAGAAAAUCGUCGUCAAACCAGUCUGUGUCUAGACAUAAGCUAAAAGCUAACAUUCAUAAAAACAGUAAUAAUAGAAUUCAUGUUAACAACAAUGGCCGAACUGGACAAUUUCAUCUGAUUGGACGGCACAUUGAGGAUGAUCAACAUCGCUUUAUAGCUAGAAAACAUAAACAACACCAUAAGCAACACUCUAAUCUCACGAAGCAACAAAAUAAGCACACCUCCCGUAAUGAAGACAACGAAAGUAAAACAAAUUUUCAAACUGCUCUUAAUCCUUCAAACACUUGCAGAACGUUAAAAGCAACAAUAUUAUCAUCAACAGACAUAUCAACGUCCUCGUCAUCGUCAUCGUCAUCGUCAUCGUCAUCAAGGAAAACGACAACAUUACCUGCUUUGUCAUCUGCAUUAGCAUCAGCAACGCCCGCGAACAUCACUGCAUCAACUAAUGUUGCUAUUGGCGAUAAUAUCUUCAUCAAUCACGGAAGUGAAAUUGGUACGUCAUCAAUAUUAUUGCCGUCGUCAAUAGCUACAACCAGCACAUCUAGACUAUCUGCUUCGCAAUCUACUUCGAUAAAUUUGUCUACAGAAGCUACUUACAAAACUAAAGGUAUCUCUAUUUAUAACAAUGACGAUGGCAAAAUUAUUGACGACACGGUACCGUUUGAUGCAAACAGUCAUUCUCGUCAACAACAACUCAAUGAUCAUCAGCUUAGCCAACACGAUAUAUCCAAACAACGACACCGUCUUACAACAACUGAGCAUGUGCGACCUUCACAUCCUGUAUGCGGAACAGAUGGACGCACCUACAAUACCGAAUGUCAGCUGAAGAAACGUGCAUGCCGUACAAAUAAUGAGAAUUUAAAAAUAGCGUAUCGUGGUCACUGUAAAACAACAUGUAACGGUGUGAAAUGCCUGAACGGUUUAACAUGUGUCGAGGAUCAGUAUACAAUUCCGCAUUGCAUUGUAUGCAAAAUCGAAUGUGCGCAGGACGAUGAUCUCGAUAGCAAUGGCAUUGAUGUAGACGCUACUCAAGCUGUAUGUGGCAUGGAUGGUAAAACGUAUAAGAGUACUUGCGAUAUAAAUCGCAUGGUUUGUAAAGUUGGUCGAAGCAUUGGUGUUGCAUACCCGGGACCAUGUCGUGACGAUCAGGUUACUUGUGACGAUGUUAGCUGCGGUCCAAAGCAGGUAUGCCUUAAGGAUUUGCUAACGCAUAAACCUAGAUGUUCAUCUUGCCGCUACAAGUGCUCGCGCAAACGCCAUUCAACAACACAUUAUCGUUUCGAAGAGAGCAAAAUUUGCGGAGUCAAUAAUCGAACUUAUAAUUCUUGGUGCGAAAUGCGUAAAGACUCUUGCGCAACUGGAUUCUACAUCGAUCUUAAGCAUGCCGGUGAAUGUCUUUAAGUUCAAGUCGUCUUCGCAAAACUUAAUAAAUAUUGUACAAGAUAAAUAAGCGUACGAUGGUGAUGUGAUGCGUCUGUAUUAAGCAUUAAAUAAUAAAAAAAUUAAUUCAAAUGAGUACGAGAACAUGAAGUUGUUUACAAUAAUCGAAAUAAAGAAAUUGAAGAGAUUGAAGAGAUAAAAAAAAAA